CCCUAUGCGCCGCCCCGCCGUCCUAUCCGCUGUAGUCCCCCGACCGAAGCGGGAAAUUAUGUCAGGGCAGCAAGCGCAACGGGAUGGUAAGACCAACGACGGCGGUCUCGACUUCAAUCUCCCAUUCAUAUGCGCCUUUCUUCCUCUAAUACCCACCCACGCGCUUUUGUCGCGAUAUCUUGCGCUCAUAAUCGAUAACCAGUGAACGAACAAGAGGAAAUAGGUAGCGACGGAUUGAAGCGCCCACCACUACAGCAGCGCGCGCAAACCGCGCAAUUCACUCCCUCACCCACUCCACGAUCCAACACCACCGCGCCAAACCACCACAAUGGCAACAGCAGACCCCUUCGCCAACCCCGCCUGGGAAGGCAACUCCCGCCUCCCCACCCACCCAGCGCAAUCAUUCCAAUCCUCCAUCGCCCCCUCCACCGACGCGGAGGAGAAAGCGCUCGAGAUCGGUGCGCCGCCGUACGCAGCAGCGGCGCCUACGUAUAUCCCCCCCCCUCCUGCGGCGGCGGCGGCGCGGCCGGGGUUGAAGGAGAGGUUUGAUGGGGUUAUGCCUUCGCACAGACGGUAUAUGGGACGUAGUCGACGGACGGUGUUGUUAGGUGCUCUAGGACUGCUGGCGUUACUUGUUCUUGUGCUGGGAUUGGGGUUGGGCCUUGGGUUGAAGAAGGGGGGUGGGGAUUCUGCCGCUCUACCACUCCCCGGAAACGCAACACCGCACACAGGCGACUUAACCUACUACUCCCCCGGCCCGGGGUACGGGAGUUGUGGAUUCGAAAACAACGCCGAUGACCCCAUCUGCGCCGUCUCUCACCUCCUCUACGACGCGGCCUCGAUCUCAGGGAACCCUAAUGAAAACCCGCUCUGUGGACGGAAGUUGCGAGUGACGCACACAGACGCCAGGGAUGGGAAGACGAGGAGCGUGGAUGUUAAGGUUGUGGAUCGAUGCACGGGGUGUAAGGCGACGGAUAUUGAUCUUAGCCCUGGGAUGUUUUUGAAGCUGGCGGCGGAGGAGGAGGGGAGAGUGGUGGGGACUUGGGCGUGGUUGGAUUGAUGAUAAUAGUGUGAAGCGAGCGAGCGAGCGUCGUCUUUUA